AAAGCAGGGGAACAUUUUUAGCGCCACAAUAAGGGGGCUUGGCGCUUUGACAACGGCAGUCCAUCCAACCAAAUCUCCUUCCUCAGUUCUUCACGGCUGCUCGAGUCGCACAGAAUUGAUGCAUUCUUAUAAAGGUGGAUCAGUCCGGCAGCAUAGCUGAGUCAGUAGGUCGCUUGUAUGAAAUAUAAACGCGUACCCGAUGAUCAUGAACACCAAGCAAGUUUAACUAACCAAUGACCAAGCUAACAGGAAUUCCGGGUUCUGCUGUCCGUUUCCUAGACGACGCGUACCACCGCUUGAUGCCAUUUGCUGUUGCCAGGGACGCCCGAGUUCCUGUACGGCUGUCGGCCGUGUGCUUUGCGCAUGCCUGAACUCAGCAACCUCUGCCUUUUGAAACUAUGGCGGCGGAGACUUUGUCAAUUACGGAGCAGUGGAUCAGGGAAAGAUUAAACCUGCAACACCGGAAUUUAGCGGAUGUCAGAUCACUGUCUCUGCCUGGGAGUUAUGAAGGAAAAAUUGGACACUUGGGAUAUUCACUUAAAAACUUUGUUCGUCUGAAAACUCUCGACCUUUCACGGAAUUCAUUAGUUUCUUUGGAGGGCAUUCAGCAUCUAAAGCACCUGGAGAAGCUUAAUUUAUACUACAACUGCAUUCCCUUGUUAAAGGAGCUGUAUUAUCUCCGCAACUUGUCCUCUCUUAAAGAACUUGAUCUUCGAUUGAAUCCUGUUGUAAAGAAUGAACCUGACUAUCGUCUUUUCCUUGUCCACAUGCUUCCCAACCUAAGAAAAUUAGAUGAUCGUCCUGUGAGGGACAGUGAGCGAAAAGCAGCCAUAAUGCAUUUCUCUACAGAGACAUUGUAUGACAAUCUCGACCAAUGUCCUCAGAAUGAAAUCGGCAAUCCAAGGGCUGGGCAGCCUAGGGUAUCCUAUGUAAGCUCACUUUCUAAAAAGUUAUCUGCUAUUGAUGAUGAUGAUGAAGCAGUUUUAAAUCUUAUUGCAAAAUGUAACUGGGACCUGAAUAGGCCUCCAACUAUUUCGGGAUCAGUUCAGAAGACGCUGGAAGCUGAACUCUUACAAAAUAACUCUGGUGGCAAUGAAGUUUUGUGUGCUAAUGGGUAUCAGUCAUCUGAUGAAUUAAUUGCUUCAAAGAAGGAUUUUCAGAAACAAAGCUAUCAGAAGCCUCUAGACACCACCGAAAAGUUCCGACACCAGUCUAAUCUUCCUGCGGCCAAAGCCACGUACAAGAAAGCGACAGAGAAUGGAAAAAGAACUGGUGAAGGAAUACGGGUGACCUUCACAGAUGAGCAGCCAAAAGCAUCAUGUUUGGAUACAAAUCUGAAAUUUCAAGAUGAGGCUGAAGCUUACUAUAAAAUCACAGGUCGGGGGCACUUCACACCACAUCCAGGUUUGUCUGUGUCUGAUCCUGUAAAUGUAGAAAGGCCACUUCCACACCCUUCAAAAUUAGCAGCUUCACUAGCUAAUGAAUCUCCUGCUUUUGUGAUGAACCAGAAUGGGCCCUCUGGGGGAAGGGAGCAGCAACAGACCAUACCUGUCCAUAAUGAGCUUCCAAAAAAUGAAACAAGAGCUGCUUAUUCAUAUGCCAGUCAGCUCCCAAGGGAUAAGAAAUUCCGUAUCAGUCCAGUUCACUUGGAGCCACUUUUGGAUGUUGUGGAUAAGUACUGGAAUGGCAAGAAGUCACUACAUUGCAAUGAAAAAUUUUUGAGUAAAGCCGUUAGUGUCCUUUCAACAAUCUACAUGGUAGAAGAAACGGACAACCGAAAAUAUCGUGAUGAAAUCCUCAAGCUAAAAGAAGAAAAUAAAGUACUACAAAUUCAGAAAGAAAACCAGGAGAAUAUAUAUAAAUCAGACACAGAGGGCCUGUCUGUUCAGCUAAAUCAAGCACGGCAACAAAUAGCUUCUCUGGAGAGGCAGUUAAAUGUCAAAGUAGAAGAGAAUUACUCCUUACAUAACAAACUGACUUCUAUGGAACAAGAGAUCUUAAAUGCCAAAAAUCCAACAUCAGAUUUAAGACUCGGUGAGUUGCAAAGUCACAAUCAGCAGCUGAUGAUAGAAAUUGACAGCCUGAAGAGACAACUUCAGCAUUUUGACACAAUACAGGAGUUAACAAGUAUGCUACAAGAAAGUCACAGAACAUUGGUUUCGACAAAUGAGCAUUUGUUGGCAGAGCUGGAGGCGACGCGUUCUCGUCAUAAGUCGGAAGUGGAGCAGCUCCACUGGAGUUACAAUGAACUUAAAAAAACUCUGGAUGUUUUCCCACACCGAGCUUAAGCACACCACCAGCCUCUUCGUUUUCUAAGGUCACUUGUCCAGUUGUUGUUAUGUUUGAGUAUCUGUUAUUAUGUGUAUUUUUAGAAUGCUUUAACAAUUUUAUCGUAAAAAUCACUGUGUCUUAAUUUAAGAGCUUUUGUUAAGUCAAAGCAGAUUCAUUUUACUGUACAGGAGCAUGUAAAUAGGAAAAAUAAUUAUUUUUUUAUUUUCUUUAUAAAUUUAGCUGUUAAUUAAAGUUGCUUACCAGGAAUUUUUUUUUUUUCCAGAACUUUUUAGGUUUGGCUGCUUUGAUAUUUAACUAUGAUAAUUGUCUUCUUUUGACUAUGUAAUGUUUAAAACAUUCCUAAUUAUGAAUCGUUUCUUAAUGACUUACUAAUUUAUUAUUGUGUAAUAUAAAUGUGACUCCUAAAUGUUAUCUGGUGAGAAUGUCGUGUUUUAAGUCUUAGAUGUGUUCAGCAUUAACGU